AUGUCUGGCUACGAUCAGUACAACAACCAACAGGGCGGCUACUACGGCCAAGGCCAAGGCCAAUACAACCAGGGUGGUUACCCCCCUCAGGGUGGCUACCAGCAGAGCUACGGACAGUCCUCUGGAUAUGACCAGGGAUACAACCGUAGCGGUAGCUCCGGUGCUGCCAACGACUACUACGGCGGACAGCAGCCCCAGCACCAGCAGUCCUAUGGCCAGCAGCAACAGUAUGGACAGCAGCAGGGAUAUGGCCAGGAAUCUUACGGACAGGGAUCCGAUGGUCAGGCACCCGGCGGUGCUCAGGACGGUGAACGUGGCCUCGGCGGUGCCCUUGCCGGUGGCCUGGCAGGCGGCUUUGCCGGUCACAAGGCUGAACACGGAUUCCUUGGAGCAGUCGGAGGAGCAAUCAUGGGCCACAUCAUCCAGGACGGCUACAAGAAGCACCAGGAGAAGAAGGAGCACGAGCAAGGCCCUCCCGAGUACGGCAGCAACUACGGCGGUGGCUAUGGUGGCUCCCAGCAGGGCCAGGGCCAGGGCCAGUCCGGUAAUGGUAUGAUGGACCAACUUGGCAACUUUUUCAACAAGCGGUAA